GAGCGCAACACGCGUAUAUAAAUCAAGAAAGGUUCACCAUGAGAAUGCAAAGAGUGAAGCUCCCAAAGUGAGGCCACUCAAAAUCAAAAGUGAGAUAACAAAGCUCUCUCUCUCUCUCUCUUAAAUACACCGUUUCCUUGGCCCCUCUCUGUAGUCCUCUGUCUUGGAAAAAUUUAAUCACAGUUUUUUUGUGAAAAACAAAACAAACCCAGGUUCUAAUUUUAUAAAGUCAGGCGAUUCAGGACGAAAUCCAGGUUUUUAAGUUUUUAUUUUAACUUGGUGAAAGUCUCGUUUUUAAUUAAAAAAAUAAGAAGAAGAAGAAGAAACAAUUACAGUCAUUACUUGCAGUUUUGUUUCUACCUGUUCUCUGAUUUUGGAAUUGAGACAGGUUCUAAUUUUAAACCUGUAACUUUGUCAGUCUUUUUUUUUUUAAUUACCUUCUCUUGUUUUUACUUAAUUUCUUCUUGUGUUGUAAAGCAUGGCAACAGCUAUAGAUAUCUACAAUAGCAACAUGACACCGGAAUUCUUAGAUCCUUAUAGUGAAGAGCUGAUGAAAGCACUAAAGCCUUUUAUGAAAAGUGAUUCAUCUACCUCUUCUUCCACCUCGAAAUCACAACCUUCCAGCAUCUCUUGUUCUCCAUUUUCAUCCAAUUCUCUCCCCAAUUUGUAUCCCAACCUCUCCAGCACUUCCCACUUGUUUUCCCAAAGCCAAACCAGUUCCCUUGGGCUCAACCAACUCACCCCAUCACAAAUUCUUCAGAUUCAAGCCCAAAUCUACAUUCUUCAACAACAUCAACAACAGCAGCACGUGGCUGACGUAGCCACAGCUUCUCUCCAACGCAAAAAGUCAACCCAGUUGCAGCACCAAAACGAACACGCCCUUAGCUUCCUCACACCAAAACCCGUUCCUAUGAAGCACGUUGGCACUACACUGAAACCAACAAAACUGUACCGUGGGGUGAGACAGAGGCAUUGGGGAAAAUGGGUCGCUGAGAUCAGACUCCCCAAGAACCGCACUCGUCUCUGGCUUGGCACAUUUGAUACCGCAGAGGAAGCAGCGUUGGCUUAUGAUAACGCAGCAUAUAAGCUUAGGGGUGAGUUUGCACGACUAAAUUUCCCUCAUCUUCGCCACCAUGGAGCCCACGUUUUCGGUGAGUUUGGAGAUUACAAGCCUCUCCCUUCCUCGGUCGAUACCAAGCUCCAAGCUAUUUGUGAAAGCUUAGCCAUUUCACAUAAACAUGGAAACAACGUAGAAAAGCCCUGCACCUCUGUUGAAGAUAGAAAGCCUAUUAUGAUGAUACAUGACAGAGAAUUGGUUUUUCCUGAGUUCGAGGAUGUUAAGUUCGAGAACCCAAAGUUGUGGCCCAUGUCUGAUGAAUCUUUUUCACCCUGUUGUUCUUCGCCUGAAUCCGGUGUUACUUUCUUGGAUUUCUCGGAUUCUAAUCGGUGGGAUGAGACAGAGAAUUUUGGGUUGGAGAAGUACCCUUCUUUGGAGAUUGAUUGGGCAGCUAUAUGAGUCAUGUUGAACUAUUUAGCUUUAUUAUGUUUUCGGUUUGGGUAUAUGUAUUUGUACCUUGUCAUUUAGGUUAUGUUUUGCUGUCUUCGGCAGCAUCUGCAAUGAAAUUUUUGACAUUUGCAGAUGUUAUGAUGAAACAGCUUGCAUAUUUUAGGGUACUAAAUUAGAGUCAUGGUGGUUAUGGUCUAAUGGUUUCUUGGUCUGCUGGUGUUUUUUAUUCCUUGCAUGACUAUAGGAGCUUCUACUUGUGUCUUGGCUACUUGUUCAAAAGUAAUUAAAGUGCCUUUCCAAUAUAUGGUUUUUGGGUUUUAUUAGUGUUACUUAUAUCUUACAUGAUUUAAGUGUUGUUUCCAAUACACACAAAAAUGGAGAGAGAAGGUGGAAUGAUGAAAGAGAAAGAAAAACAUGUGUACCCCACCUCUUUAAUGUGUGUGUAAGAAAGUGAUGUUAUAUCAUGUUACACGAUAAACAUAAAACUCAUGGUUUUUUCUGCUUUUCUUCUUUUGAAGU